GCUCCAAAUUUAUCCAAAGUUAUCUUGAUUCAUUCAAUUUUCAUUUGAAUAACAUACCGUAUGAUUAUUUUACAAAAAAGAACACAAAGAAUGGAUGAAAAGGAAACCCAACCUCAUGGCAUAUGCAACAGAAUUUUCCACUUCAUGAUGAAUAGCCUAGUUUUACAAGCCAUUAAAAGGGUCACUUUGGGCCAUCAGUCACCAUCUGAUGCUGCUACCUGUGAUAAAUUUGGUAUUAAAAGUGACCAAAUAAUCGAAGGAACUUCAGGUAAAAGUAGAACUUCAAGGGCUAGGCUUAUGUUAGAGAACAACAAUACAGAAGACUCGGACAAGAAACUCUCAUCGAUUCAAGGCACUAAAGUUGACAAAGAGCUGAAGAACGAGUUCAAGUCGGGUGUUGCGGAUGAGAUAACAGAAGAAGGAAAAACAGCAUUACAACAAAAGAAGGCUCCCAAGAAAAUGGUUAGUAUCAAUGACAGAGUCGAGGAGAUACACAAAAUUAUGAAGAAAAGGAAGAGAAGCAGAUCAUUUGAUAAGUUUAACUCGUUUGAGAAUGGAGAAGACGAUGAGUCAAAGCCUUUGAAAUCAAUUCUAAAGGUGGGAUCUAAGAUAGAGACGCAUUAAUAUUAAAAAUAGUUGAUAUAUUUACAAGUCACCUUGCUAGGCUUUCUUUUAUUUGUUUUUGUUCAACCAUGUGUUAAAUGCUGCUCAUGGGAGAGCUACAUGUACAUAAAUUUAUGGUGACAAUAACUUGUGCAGUAACUCUAUCCAAGUACUGAUUUGUGUAAAGCAA